CCUGUGAAAUACCUUCCUAGAUCUCAUACUAUUCCCCAUGGCCGUGCGUUCAGUACAGUAUCCGUUUGGCAGGCGAUUACGCCUUCACUUUCUGGUUAGUCCAGACACGAGCUUUAAUAUCACACCGACAACUGUGUAUCGAAAUAGCCGUUGGCACAUGCCACCGAAUCAGCUGCUCUUCUUUACAGAGCAGAAUCGACACAACGUGCUCACCUUACAUUACCUCCUCCUUACCUCAUUGUGCCUUACCGAGCCUCGUCAGCCACCCUUUCAAGCUGACACGAAGCUCCUGGUCCCAGCGGUUCCAGUGGUUCCAGCGGUCCCAGCGGUCUGACGUUUUUUUAAACGCCAAGCUGCUGGUCGAACGCCUUCCACUUGUCCCGGCGUUGCUUACAAGAUCUUUUACAGUAAACAUUUCGCAUUCAUGUGCUAUGGUGCUGGCUGUGAAUGCACACACGCUUGCCAUGCGCGAUCAUGCAAUGGACCUGACGUGGUGUGGUGUGGACGCCGUUCCCCAGAAACGCCGUUCGCCUUACUGUUACAAGUUACAACGCACUUACAGGCCGACCUGUGGCUUUUAACUAUCUGCUGCCGAGCCACCCAGCCAAGCCACACCCUACAGCCUGUAAUAAGCAACGACUUGUCGUGGUCCCCUCUCCUCUCGUCCCUUCCGCGCUUCGUGCAUUCGAUCGGCUUCUGCGAAAGCGACUAGCGAUGCGUUGUUAGUCAGUCAGAACGGCUUGCGUGUUCUGCCACCCACCACCUGCGCGUCGAGGACGGGAGCCGACCAGACUCCAGAAUCGACGAGAUUCAAGGAGCGGUGAGCGGUGAGCCGUGAGUCGUGAGCCGUGCGGAAUUAUGACCCGCGCAUAUCAGUCCAUCGACUCCCUCCCACCCAUCCAUCCCAUGAAAAGCGUCAGGUCGCCUGUAACAUUCCGGAUCACUCUAGCGACAUUGACCAUCUCCGAGUCGAUCGCACUGGAGCGAAUAUAUCCGCGUCUCCGUAGCUUAGUACCUCCGAGGUUCGCCGCAUUUGUCACCUCAGCUUAGUAACACACUCCGUCACACCCUUCGGUAGCUUCCGAAGUAGAGCCCUUUUUUCUUCUUCUUCUUCACCCAAGAUCGUGAUGGAAGAAACACUUAGCUUCACGAACGCCGCUCGUGCCAUGCUAGCGUCGCGGCUGAUGUGCCUUUCAGAGAGAAGAAAUGGUCCCUCACCGCUUCAAGUUGCUAGCUCGACUGCAGCACAGAGCAACACUGUAAAGAGUCUCUCACAUCCUUCUCUCGUCAUGAUGUCGUCGUCGAGCGGCGGCUCCGAUUUUCCAACUCCGAGUCCCGCCGCUGCCAGUGGCGGAAACAGCGCUGCUGUGAAGAAGCGAACCUGGGCUGAAACAUUCGACGACCUUUUCCGCGCGAGGCUCGAGCCGUUCCCCGUCAGAUCCCGAUUCAACGCCGCCAAUCUCGCCGCGAACAACCUCACGCUUUAUGAAACUCCGGGGAGCAGUGGGCUGGACAACGUGACGCCGACCCAUUCUGCCGCGAACUCAGAGAAGACUCGUGAGGAAGUGCGGCUUCCGGGUUCGUCCAGUCUCCAUUUUUUUCCGCCGAACCAACCGGCGAUGUCAAUGUCAAUGUCUCAGCAACCUGUAGCUGCCCCUGACGAAAUUGCACUCCCAGGGGUGGUAACCCCACGCGCCAAUAUUUCGCCAGCUCGGUAUCAACUUCAAGGCCAACGGAUCUGCAGCCUGUUGACUCCGGAGGGCCGCACCAGCAGCCGGUGCAGCAGCAGCAGCCAUGGGAGCGGAGGACGCAGCCAGGGCUCCGAGCCUUUGAGACAGCAGCCUGACUCCAUGCAAGCGCCAGUGGCAGCAGUGGCAUCAGGAGCAGCUGCACCAGCACCAGCAGCAGCACCACCAGCAGCACCGGGCUUUCCUAGACCAGCAUCUAUGGAGGGAUUGUCAACUCUGCGUGGCGUGUGUGGUGCUCGGAGCUUUCUCGCGAGGGAGUGUAUGAGCCAGCCGCAAUCCCGUGAAGCUACCCCAGUCAGGGAUGAGAGAACUGUUGAGGGAUUGUGUUUUGGGAUGGUGGGUACACCUGAUUGCAAGAGAGCUCGGCUGCUUGCAGAGGUCAAGCUAGCGGUUGCCUCCUCCCCACCGUCUGUCCUGGCUGCUGCCCUCCCGUGCCCAAUGCUCACCAAGGCUGCUAAGGAUCGAUUGCGGCACCACAGAGUGACUAUGCUGCGUGGAGCUUCUUUCAAUGGCUGUGCUGACAGCACUCUAAUUGGACGGGGAAAUGGAGUUGGGAAGAGCGCAGCAGGUUUGGAAACCAUGGAUGACAAGAAAUGGCCAGUGUUGUUUGGAGUUAGGCUAAUUCCUGGGGAGAUGAGUGCAUGAAUGACAAAGGGUACCAUGGACCUUCCAUGUACAUUUUUGGGGUACCAUGCCAAUUGGAAUGUUUUUUGCCGUAAGUGAAGUAAAAAUUAUAAGUUGUA